CAGCGCGUUGGUGAUCCUAGACGCACGCAUCAAUCUUUUGCCGGACUAUGACGCAAGCCCAAAUUGCCAAGUUGAAGAUUUGCUGUUAUUGAAAUCAGCUCUGACGGAAGUAGUACAGAAACUUUCUUUCCGCAAAAUAAUUUAAAAACGAUAGCCCGUUACCCAGCUUACGACUUCCGCUCAUGCAUUCCAUAUAAGGGACUUGAAGUGGAGGCAAGCGCCUGGUGAUGUGACUUCGCACUUGCGUCCAGUCUUAUUUGGAUUACCUGGUGUGUUGUAAUUUCUUGAAGGUGGAAUACGUGAUCACUGAAGAACAGAAUACACUUUGGAUAACCAGGCAAUGCAUUCUCAAGAUCUUGGGAAUGAUGAAGCCCUCGUGAAUGAUCCUUUGAUUGUCAAGGCAAUUAUCCCACCAAGAGUUCAGAACGAUGUAAAAGAGGAAAUAGUGAUUGUUUUUAAUAAGCGCUUACCUUCAAAAUCAAGAAGUCCAUUUUCUGUUGAUUUUGUGGGGACGGCUGGUGCAGUUCAAGUAUCUGCCAAGCAGUUGAACAGCUCAACCCUGAUUUUGGAGACACCAGAAUAUCCUGUGGCCAGUGUUGUGACAGCCUAUGUCUAUCAUGGAAUAAAUCGUAGAUUGUUAGGCCAACAUGCAUUUGAAUUUCUAUCAAGAAGUGACACCUUCUACAGACUGCUGUACACAGAACUGGAUCCUGUCAAGUUCAUGUGUGAAUCGCUGAGUCUGUCCUCAACUGAUGUCCUAAGUCUGGAUUGUGCUUUGGCAGACACAUUUACCUCAAAUGCUCCUGAAGGAUUCAAUUUCCUAGGUAUCCACAAGAAUACUGAAGCUGGAGAAUCAACUGCUGAGCAUCCAACUCUUCUGCACUUUGCAGCACAAUUUGGAUUAAGCAGGCUCAUUGCCACCCUUUUGCAUUAUCCUGGAGCUCAAGAGGCUUGUGCUAUAAAGAAUUAUCAUGGGAAAUGGCCAUACAACAUUGCCGAGGAUCAUGGUUUUAAACAAUUGGCAGACAAUCUGCGUACUUUCCGUGACCAAGGAGAUCCAAAUCAGAUCUAUGCUGACAUGGGUGAUGAAGAUGGUUACUAUGUCAAAAUGCAAAAGGAUGAUGGUUCAUACAACUAUGUACCCAUGGGAAGAGAGGGCCAUGGACUGUAUAUGUAUAUGAAAGGAAGGAAGUACAUAAAUUUGGACAAACAAGAGGAUGAGGCUGGUUAUUAUGUGAAGAUGCGCAACAGUGAUGGAUCUUAUAAUUAUGUUCCUGUAAAGGGAGAGGAAAGCCACAGUGGUAAGUUAUAUGAAGAUGUCAAUGAGAAAGGGAAGUACAAGGUCACUCAACGAUACACGGAAUCUGAAGAGAAUGAAGAGGAGGAUGCAACAUAUGCAAAUUAUCAAGCUGAAGUUGGCGCUGAUGAGGAACUUUAUGAAGCAAUGGAGGGCAAUCCUGAAGGUGAAGAAACACAAGAUGAUUUUUACAUGGACAUGGAAAGAGAACGAGGAGAAGAGGAUCCCUCAGAAUUUUACACAUCAAUGGAGUCUGUGGUGGAACAACCAGAGGUUCCUCCUGGUUAUGUUACACCGAAGUCAAAUUUACCAGUUCAUCCGGAUCCAGGAUUUUACCGCUCUGCCAGCAUGGCUGCAGCUAUUAGGGCUAAAGAAAUUGAACACGAGAGGAAGACUCAGACCUUGCCACCAAUAAGAGGCAAGAUGUCACAAGAAGAACUCUUACGAAGAACAUUAAAACAAAGCGGAGUUUAUACAAGUGAAGCAAUUGAAGACAUGGUGAGCCGUAUGCAUGUGAGCAGCUCAUAUUCUGCGGCACCAAUUCUAAGGACAGGUUCAACAAGUUCAAGGAGCUCUAUCUCAACUAUCAGCAGUACUGGUAGUGGAAGUAGCAGCAGUAGUGGGAUAAGCUCAGGAAAUGAGUUUAUACACCAUCAAGAGGACCCUAAAGAUGUAUGUCUUUUACAAGAAGAGGAAAUACACCUCACUCGAGAAGAACUCUUUCAGAAGUGUAAUAUUAAGCCACACAAAUCAAAGAGUCAUGAUGAUGACACACAAACUGGAGGUGCCCCACCCCCCCUCCCACGCCCAGACUAUGAUAAAAAGGAGAAAAUCACAGAGAGCUCAGCGAGGAGGCCUCAUCCAAGAUCAAGACCUGGUACAACACCUGUGGACAAAAGAGAUCUUGAGGGAUUAAUCAAACCAGGGCCUCCUCCUCCUGUAAAACGACGGAGCAGUGAGCCGGGUGAGGCUACCUUUUUGUUACAACAUUGGGUUCUGUUAAAGCCUUUGGGUUCUGUUCAACAGUGGUUAUCGGUUAAAACUUUAACAACUGAAGGAAAUGUCAGAGUGAGACUUUCUUUAUCAUAUGAUUGUUUCUAUUUUUCAGCAACCACAGUUUUAGAUCUCCAUUCCAAGUAUGAGAGAGCUCCUGCCCGUAUCCCUGAGGAAGAUCCUCCACCUCCUCCUCCUGCUCCCCGAGGACCUGUGCCUUCACCUGAUGACUUAAGGCAGCCUAGAGCAGCACCAAGACGACCAGUAGGAAGUAUUGCAUUACCAGGUUUUCCCGAUACACCCCCUCCUCAAAUACAACCAAGGGUUCCACCACGUGUUCCUCCUAAGUAAACGUGUCAGUUUACAAGCUAUAAUAUUUUUCUUAACCAGAGAGUUGAUUUUAAAGUCUUUAAAGAUGUUAUAUUUAGUUAUAAUGAAUUAAAUAUAAAUGGAAGGCUUUAUGUGUAGCGUUCUAAGAAGACUAACAAUAACAAUUAAUUGAAGUUCUUAUAUGGUUUUUAACAUUUUGGGCUUGUAAUCCAUCAUUACUUACGAUUUAGAAAUUAAUUUAUAAAUAAUGAUUUUUUUUUUUUAUCCCAGUAAGGUUGAGUGUAGAUUGUACAAUCAAGUAGUUUAUGGCAGAAAACACUGGUAACAGUUAUAGAGUGUCAGACAAGAACAAUAGCUUAGAUUAGUUUAUCAUGUAUGACCAGCAGGACUGGUCAUGUCGUUUAUUUUACACACUUAAUUAGUUCCUUGAACCGAAAUGAACAUUUAUCACCAGAUAUUCUUGAAGUGGGGUCGAUUGGCAAAAAAAUGUUUAUGUAGUGUAGGUAUAAACUAACACUCACAGGAACUGAAUUGGUUGUUGUUCAUUUGCUUGUCUGUGUGUGGUUGUCUAUUUUUUUUUCUGUUGUUUCAGAUGAUAAUUGAAUAGAAGGAAAAUUUCCAUGCCUUCCAGCUUUUUUCUGAGAUGCAGUUGUGAGACUUUCCGCAAGGGUGUGUGAGGAUUCCAGAAAAUUAUAGGACAAUAUCCAAAGCCGUGAAAGGAUAAUGGAAGACAUCUAAAAAAAAACAAAUUGAAAAAGCUUUAAGUUUGAAGUAAAUUAGCUUUACCUCUGAAGCAUGCUGACCUCAGAUCCAGUUGAUCCAGUUGAUCCAGUUAUGUGAAUUAUUUACGAGCAUAAGUGGGCAUGAGUUUGGUGCAUUACCAAACUUUUUUUAGGGUGAAUUUAAUGGUGUUAGGGGCGGUUCUGUUCUGACCAUGAUUGAUAAAAUGGUACUAAGUGCUAACCAAGCUAGGCUAGGCCUUUUGUAAGCAUAAAGAUACUUUUUGCCAAUAUGUUGCUAUAUUAACUUAAGAUGUAUUAGGUAAGUAUUAAUAUUAAGUGGUUCAUAAUUUUUUAAGACAAUUGCAUGAAAAAAUUUUCUACACUUGAACUUGAAGCGUGAUUUAGGGUUAUUUUUCACAUUUUUUUGAAAGUUGUGAGUCUUAUUUUGUAUAAACAACUUGAUGCAGUAACACUGCUUGGUUAAUCAAUCAAAUUAGACUGAAUGCUACUCAACAAUUUGAGACUUGACAAAGGAAGUUAUUGUACUUAAAUAGUGGCUUACAUAAAACUUCAUAUGGUGCAAUAGGUCAUUUAACGUACAACAUUAUAGUUGAAUCAAUGUGUAGGAAUGAUAGAAGCCCAUUUUGCUGCUUUAGUUUACCCAAAAUAACGUAUUUUUACAGAUAUAUAGUUUUUCACCUUGAGAGCGACAUAUAAUGUAUUCUUUAAUAAGUAGGGUAGAGUAUUUUUUUGAGUGAGGGAUUCGAGUUCCCGUUGCAUAGGGAAUGAAGCUUUCAUGCCGUUUCUACCAUAGUUAAUAUGAUUAUUUUAUUUCUAAACGGGUAUAAUAAAUAUAUUUUCUUAGAGUGGAUAGCUUUUAAGAAAAUCGUCUCGCUUUGAAAUCGUAUUCCGUUUGCCUUUGUAUUUUACACGGAUAGCCGAUUAAAAUUAUUUUUACCAUUA